GAAAUUACUCAUUUUAAGACAAACACUUGAAUAUGAGGUGGUGUUAUGUGUGACAGUGAAUCGUUGUUAUAUUCUUAAGCUCAAAUCUGCCUCGGUAACUAUAGCUGUCCCGUUUUACGUCGUAAUAGAAAGUGAAACAGCGAUUGUUUUUCGCGCGAUAAAAACGGCGUAGCGCGUGCCAUGCUGCGGUGAAAACGAGAUUGACGUGUUUGAUUCGUGUUUGAAGAUAGCUGCCCUUAAUUCAAUUGAUUUAUAAAAAUUUAUUGAAGAAAUAGUUUAUAAUGGCAAGGGACGGAUAUAUGCCUCAAUUGAUUAUGAGACGAGACCUGGAGUCACAGCAUUUGAAGACCGACUCCAGACCAAGACAUAGCUUUUGGUGGACGCUUAUCAUUGACCUGCCUUUAUUUAUCAUAGUGCUAACUCUCAUCGGCCUGUUUGAACUGAACGUCAUUCCGAGCUACAAGGCCGGCUUCUUCUGCCGCGACCCAGCGCUGGACUAUGCCUUCACAGGAGACACGGUUACCAUGAAAGACCUGUGUUUCACAAUACUCCUUCUGCCUAUUCCAUUGUUAUGGAUAACAGAAUGGAUCUUCUCCGAUGAAGACAUGCUGGGCUUGAGGGCUAAGCAAGCCUCUUUCCACUGUCUUCGGCUGUUGAGGGUGUAUUUGUACGGGUUCUUCUUCAACCUUUGUCUGGUAGAGGCCAUGAAAGGCAUAGCUGGAUCACCCAGGCCGACUUUUAACGCAAUCUGCCGACCUGAUGUUUGGGACACUUGUAAAGAUUCAGAAUACGUGACCUCCUUCAAAUGCACGUCUAACUUCUCAGUGUGGUUUCAAAACGACGCCUCACACAGCUUCCCAUCUGGGCACACAUCUUUAUCCGUCUACUGCGCUGUUUUCUUGGCGUGGUACCUCCAAAGGCGUGCUUUCUGCUGGUCUCACCGCACCCUCCUCCUGGUUCCUUUCAUGCAGCUCGUCCUGCUGUCUCUGGCGACCCUGACCUCCCUGACCAGGAUCACAGACCACAGGCACCACUGGUGGGACGUACUCUUUGGCCUUGGGGUCGGCUUGGCCACGGCUUAUUAUGCGAUUGCAGUUCUUUGUGAUAACUUCUCACGGUCGUCUAUAUAUUCCAACGAGCCGAUGCGUGAUCACAGUAAAUCUCCUGCUAGAACGUUAAUAUUCGAGGGUAGAAGAGAAGACACCACGCCCUAGAAUAAUAAGACAAGUUAAAAUAUUAGAAAAAUAUAGUAUUUGGAAGAUAUAAUGCUUGGUCAAGACAUAUAGUUCGCGUGUGUACGUACAUAUUAUUUUUUAGUAGAUUAUGCUAAAAAAGAGGAUAUGUAUAAUGUUUUUGGCUAUUUAGCACAAUAUCUUCC